GAUUGUCUACCAAGUCCAUCUACCAUUGUUUUUCCAACAAAAGUAUUCAACUUUUGACAACCCACAACACUGGGAGAGCUCAACUUAUCGCAAGUUUCGCGAAUCGUCUCUAUUCCAUGGAGAGAUAGCCCCUACUAAAACUAAUCAUGGCGGAACAGCAGCAGCAGCAGCCAAACUUGAUGGCACAGGUUCCUCCAGGUCCACCAUUAUUUUGGAAGCAAUUUACUACCGAUAAUCUUGAACGGAUCGAGAAGUUACGUGCGGAGAACUUUCCAAACUACAAGGUCGCCAACAAUACACCUUACAAGCUUCCUCCUCGUAUUCAUGAUGUCCCAGCUGAAUUGCGAUUUCUGCAACCCCCAGAACCACCAGCGAGUGGAGUUUACAGAACAUUUGGACAAAUCCGACAAAUUAAAAAUGAACUUCCUCCACUCGAAGAGGGCAUUGAACAAAUAUAUACACCACCUACCACACCAACAGGAACCGGGAACCAUGAGGAUCGCAAAUUGAUUCUCAAACGAUUCGCAAAGUCAUUGCUAUUAAACUUUUUGGAAUUAGUUGGUACGAUGAGUAUCCACCCAGAACAGAGCCACGAAAAGAUAGGGGAUUUGCAUACUAUAUUCGCCAAUUUCCAUCAUCUGCUGAACGAAUAUCGACCAUAUCAAGCACGAGAAUCACUGAUUGCAAUGAUGCAGGACCAAUUGGAUAAAUCCAGGGCGGAGACUGAAGGCAUCAUGAAAAUGAAGGAGAAGGUCGAAGGGAUGCUAGAAGGGUUUGGCGAGAUCAAACUAGGAGAUGAGGCGAAUGCAAACAGUCAAGAGCAUGAGAAUGUAAUAGAGGACGACGGAAAAGAUAUUUGGGAGCAAUUGGACCUGGAAUUUGGCUGAAAGACGAUUGUCUAGACGAUUCCAGAAGCCCGGGAUAGAACACAGCCAUCUGCUAGUGCCCUGCGUCCUGAUGUUGCUGUCAUAUUCCUAUUCCUAAAAGAGAUUGUUGGAUGAUACGCGUCUAAUGAGGCGUUGUCAAUUCCCUCGAAAUAUCAUUGUGAAAGAGCGGCGCACGAAUUCUACAAUGGUAAGGCUUAGCCACCACAGCCUCACGAGCUAUACCCGUUUCUGGUACCGACGAGUUGAUCUCAAUUGUUAGACAGCUUGGCCCCUUGGUCGAACGUAAGCUCCCCUGUUCGUCCGAAUAAGAAGAAGGUAGACCAGCACGGGGGUGGGGACCUACAGCCACUUGACAGCUCUUGAGACUUAGUCGGGCAAAAUAACUACAUAAAUACUUAGAUACUAGGAUGUUUUUGAUGCCACAUAGCAAUCUAAAUUUGAUUAACCA